CAGAAAUGCACCAACAUCAUGGAAAUAUUCCUUCCAGAUACUUCCUGGAGCGAAAUUGAUUGAAGCAGAAAAUCUAUAAAUAGGCUGGCUUUUCCCGCAGGAUGAGGCAGUAUCAUCCUCAAAUAUCAAACUACGUGGUUGAAAAUCCUGCCUCAAUCUUCAUACUCAAUAUUGGCUUGACAUUACUCUGUCCUAUUCUUGAUCAAAAUCAGCUAAUAGACAAGUUAUGGAAUCAAACAUCUUCAAAACAUCUCCGGAGACAGAAAUUCAUGUCAAUAUAUCCAGGCCAUCUACACGAAACGAACAUGUCAAAUCGCCCCUUCUCGUUUUCCUUCACUAUUGGGGCGGUUCAAGUGCAACAUGGUACAAGUUGACUUCACCAAACUCCGGCACCUCUCUGAAUGCGGAUUACCCUAUUAUGACUAUUGAUUUCCGUGGAUGGGGACAGUCAAAAGGGCCAACUGGUGGUGCCGCAACAGCAGAAGACUACUCAGUCACCCCUCUGGCUUCUGAUAUCGCAUCAACUUUGACCCAACUACACCGUGAUACAAGUCAUUCUGCGCUCAUAUAUAACGGUUUCGUUAUUAUCGGUCAUUCGAUGGGCGGAAAAGUUGUACUGGCGACUCUGAACUGUCUUUCAGCAGACCUCCUAGGACUCGUGAAGGGUCUCGUGCUAGUUGCUCCGGCCCCGCCAACCCCUCUCAUUCUUCCUCCAGACAUGAGUGAGCAGCAGCGUGGGGCGUACAAUACAGAAGAGUCUGUCCGAUGGAUUGCUCAAAAUGUUCUGUCCAGUGCUGAGCAUCUAACCGAUGAUGACAUUUCCAUCAUCGUCAGAGAUAGCCUGGCGGGCAGUACUCUAGCAAAAGAUGGGUGGAUUUUGCAUGGAAUGCGGGAGGAUAUUUCCCCGAUCUUGGAUAGUCUUGCCUCACGUCCUCUUGCGAAAAAGGUGAAGAUUCAAGUUCUUGCUGGAGAACUCGAUGUCGUGGAGCAGAAGGACCGAGUGGAGAAGGAGGUUGUACAGUCUCUUACUAAAAAGGGAUUUAUUGUUUCCUUUACUGUAUUGAAAGGGUUGAAGCAUUUGAUUCCCUUGGAAAGUCCAGAGGCAAUUUCUCAGGCAAUUUCGAGCGUACUCAGUAUUUAGCCGA